UUAAUAAAUGAAAACCCCCCGCCAAACACGGCCUUAUAUUUAUUCAUAUUUAGCAACGGCACAACUCAUAGCACACACAAAAAAACAGAGCAAAGAAAAAAAAAAGUAAUGAGCAACGCAUUAAACAGAGACUACCUAAUCAGCGACGAGAUCGGCCGUGGAAGAUUCGGCACCGUUUUUAGAUGCACAUCAAGAACAACCGGCGACACCUUCGCCGUUAAAUCCAUAGAUAAAAAUCUCACCUCCGGCGACUCACUCGACGCUCAAUGCCUCCUCUCAGAGCCGAAACUUCUCCGCCUACUCUCUCCUCAUCCUCAUAUAAUCCAAAUUUAUAAUAUCUACGAGGACGAAAAUCAUCUUCAUAUGGUUAUAGAUUUGUGCUCGAAUCAAGAUCUUCACAGUUUGAUUAUCUCUAGCGGCGGAUUUUUAUCGGAAAAUGACGCUAGAGUUCUUUUUAUUCAGUUAAUGAGAGCUGUUUGUCACUGUCACAAAUACGGCGUCGUACACCGUGAUUUGAAGCCUGAUAAUAUUCUGUUAGAUUCGAGAAAUUUUGUUAAGCUGGCUGAUUUUGGAUCGGCUGAGGUGGUUAUGGAAGGUGAUUAUGGGAUUAGUUUAAGCGGAAUUGUAGGAACUCCGUAUUAUGUGGCGCCGGAGGUUUUGAGCGGUAGAGAUUACGGCGAGAAGGUUGAUGUGUGGAGUGCUGGUGUCGUUUUGUAUAUAAUGUUAGCUGGAUUUGCGCCGUUUUAUGGUGAAACUGCUGUUGAAAUUUUUAAUGCUGUUCUGAGAGGGAAUCUUAGGUUUCCGGUGAGAUCUUUUAACGGCGUGUCUCCCGCCGUUAAGGAUCUUUUAAGAAGAAUGCUUUGCAAAGACGUUUCCAAAAGGCUCUCUGCUGAACAAGUUCUGAGGCAUCCAUGGGUGACAAAUGGAGGGAUGAAUUGAUCUUAGCAUGAAGAGAAUGGAUAUUAUUAGCUUAGUUUAAGAAGGGCUGUAUAUAUUACUUAAUUACUACUAUAUGGUAACCCUAGCUAUGCUUUUUUAUUGGGCAGGCAAUGAGGUAGAACUAGAGGGAGCAAGUUUUGCAUAUUGUAAGUAAAUUAAGCAGGAAUGCUUUGUUUUGAUUAAAAAUUAAUCUAAUAUGUACUAGAUUAUGUUAUAUAUAUGGGAAGAAAUAUCAUUACUUA